AUUUUACACUCACCUGUGGCUGUAGCGACCAGCGAGCGCGCCUCGGUUUUGUUGUUUGUGUCGUGCGAGUUUGUUAGGUUAUACAGUUUACUUUUUUGCUUUAACUUUGAUUAAUGCUAAGUGUCUUAGAACGAAUUUUGUAGAAAAGUGCAAUGAGAACGCUAAAACGCGUGUCGAUAAACUGAUUAAGUGAAACACUUCCAGUGUUUACCUGCGUCUUAUCUUGUAAACAAGCGAUGUAAACAAUCUAUUGUCUUUUUUGUCUUGUGUAAGUCAAUGUGUUGAGUUUCUCCUCUCCUAUUGUUGGAUAUCAACCGCUAUCUUAGGCUAGAAGAUGAAGUAAGACGGUUCCCGCCGAAAUGUCUCCCUCCAGAGACUCAGUGGCUUUCACCAAAGGAUUACUCAAUGGACCCGGACAGAACAACUGCUUUCUCAACAGUGCUGUGCAAGUGUUAUGGCACUUGGACAUCUUCCGGCGGAGUUUCCGGGAGCUGACUGGCCAUUCAUGCAUGGCGGAGUCCUGCAUCUUCUGUGCCUUAAAGGAGCUGUUUUCACAACUACAAUUCAGCCAUGAGACUGCGCUGCCUCCUGAUGCUCUGCGGAGGGCGUUGGCAGAAUCAUUCUUCGAUCAACAACGAUUUCAGUUGGGCUUCAUGGAUGAUGCUGCAGAGUGCUUUGAAAAUAUCCUGACACGGAUUCACUACCAUAUUGCGUGUGGGGAGUCAGAGGAUAUGUGCAAUGCCAGACACUGCAUCCCUCACCAGAAGUUUGCCAUGACACUCGUAGAACAGAGUGUGUGCGGCGCAUGUGGUGCCACCUCUGAACCUCUGCCUUUCACUCAGAUGGUUCAUUAUGUGUCUGCAUCUGCACUGACUUCACAAGCAAAGCAAUGUUCUACACCCUCCCAUCCAGAUCUCUUUGGGCAGCUGCUCAAAAAAGCGGGAGGCAUGGGCGAUAUCCGGGACUGUCCUAGUGCCUGUGGAGCCAAGAUCCAGAUCCGUCGCACGCUGACCAACUGGCCUGAAAUAGUGUCGGUGGGUGUGGUGUGGGAUUCCGAGCGCCCUUCUCUGGAUCACAUCAUGUCCCUGCUGGGCACCCUCCGCACGUCCUUGCGACUCAGUGAUGUUUUCCACACCCCUACCCCUGCUAACGUGCCUCCCACUUCCCACGAGCUAGUUGGAGUUGUCACCUACUACGGCAAACACUACUCUACUUUCUUCUUCCAUACCAAGCUCCGUCUGUGGAUAUACUUCGAUGACGCCACCGUCAGGGAAGUUGGUCCAAGAUGGGAACAAGUGGUAGAGAAAUGCCGGAGAGGCCGGUACCAGCCACUGCUACUGCUGUUUGCAGUGCCAGAAGGCUCACCAAUAGACACCAGUGGGGCCCCCAAGUGUGUGACUAGAGUGACCAAACCCCAACUGGUGGCUCCGGCGGGUCCCACAGCACGCCGUUCACUCACCCCCAGCCCCGAGAAGCCCAGUGGUCUGGGACUCACCACUCAGCGGAGAGCCGUUACACCGAAUCCAGAACAGACGCAGCAUGAACCACUAAGAGCUCAGCGACCUACCCUGAACAAUAACGACUACCAGAACCUGACGCACCUACAGGCCGCCAUGUUCGGAGACACACCGCCCGAGUCCCCGCGACAGAAGGGGUUUCCACUGCGUCCAGGAACCGAGCUGGUCAGGAGAGACUCAGGCAACUGGAGUGGAGACCGUAAUAGCGCCUCUUCCUCCUCCUCCACAUCCUUGGAGAACCCCUACCACUACAUUGUCGGCAAGAUGCACUUCCGAGGAGUAAAGCAGUCAGAUGGCCCUUGUGACCAAGGUUACGACUCCUACUCCUUGUCCUCCAAUGACAGCCUCCCUCUGCAGCAGACGCUCAAGCAUAACUUGCAGUUGGCCCAGAUACCUGAGGGGCAUCAGUCGCCAACUGGGUGUGUUCUGCUUAAUCAGUACAACUCUAGUGUAUCAGCAUCUACAGAUGACUGUGAGCGACUCUGCUUGGAGGCAGAUCAGCUGUUGGGCAAGUCGGAGGCUGCGGAAGACCUGGUGACUGCACUAUCGCUGUGCCAUGCAGCAGCUAACAAGGCACGUGCCGCCAUGGACGCCCCCUACAGCAACCCUCAGACUGCCAGUGCGGCUCGUAUGAAACACAACACCUGCGUCAUGCGUGCCCGAUCUCUGCACAAGAAACUGGAAGAACCUAGCAAGCAUCCAGAAGGAAGACAUAGCAGAGAAGGCAGUGGCUGCAGUAACCGAGGAUCAACUGGCUCUCAUUCUCGACAGAACUCAAGAGAUAAGGGUAACCACUCCCGCCAGAACAGCCGAGAACUUCUAGUAAAUACUAUGCCCACUCAAUUGCCGUCAGCCAAGACUGGUCCCCGGGAACCACCAACAGUGGUAGCUCCUGAAAGGCCAGCUCAGAAAAAUAUUGAAAUAUACGCAACUCUUCCCAAGAGCAAGAAAGGAUUGCUAUCACGUGCGACUAAAACAAAAACAGCUGUUGAAGAUGAGGAAUAUCUUAUGUAUGAUCGACCAGGAAGGAGUUUAUAUUCAAGUAGAUCGAAAUUAAAUGGCAAAAAAGAAGGUGAAAAACGUGCUCGGAGUGAGGAACGAAAUAACAAGACUGCAAAAGAAAAGGAAUUUGUUUCAAAUUCACUCUCUAAAGAAGCAAAAAAACAGACAAAAGUAGAAGAGCCGAAACAGAAUAAGAAGCAGCACAAAAUAAGGAGAAAACUUCUGAUGGGUGGGCUAAUUAGAAGGAAAAAUCGUAGCAUGCCAGAUUUACGAGAAGAUGAGGUUGCUCCCAAGGAUUCAGUAAAGGAUGAGACCAAAGCAUUAUCUAAAGAUGAUUCAAAUGUUGGGUCAAAGAUGGAUAAGCAAAUGGGAUUAAGUGGGUAUUUGUCAGAAGGACAUCUUGAAUUUUCUGGCAAUCCAAAUCUGGAGAGAAGUAAAUUGAUGAGAAAGAGUUUCCAUGGCAGCAAAAUUCUUCAAAUGGCGAAAAUUCCUCCACCUCCUCCAUUGAGAACAACUUCACAGUUGAGUAAAACAGACCGCCCUCCUUUCCCAUUACCAAUGGACGACAUAAAACAAAACAUGAUGAAUGAAAGAAAUGAUGAGUGGUCUCGAGAGCCACAAUCUUUACCUUACAUCCCUGCAAGUUAUGGUGAAACUAAGAAAAUUGAAUCUGUUACUUAUGCUAAUGGUGGAUUUCUACUGCAAGGAUAUCAACAACACACAAAAGUGGUUACUACAGCUCAAGUUCAUCAGGAGCAGUCACCUCAGGCUGCAAGGGACGAGGUAGACUCUGGAGUCCCUUGUGAUGUCAACGGGUUUCCUCUACCACCUUAUCCCUCUCCUCUGAACUCAGUAUCACACUCUCGACAGCCAAGUGAGGAUUUUCCACCACCUCCCCCCGAAAUUGUGUCACAGGAACCUGAGGAAGUUCCAGUCAGGCCCCCAUCACCAGAAAGCCUUUUAGCCCAAGUACAGCAGAAACGUUUGCAAAUUCUUGCAGAGAAUGAAGCAAAAGCUGCAGCUGCUGCGGAGUCUUAUGAGGCAGCUAGAGCUGUAGGAGGUGAAACUUGGUUGAGAGAACUUCAAGCCAAACAGGCUGCUCUUAAAGGUAAAAAUGGUCUCACCCAGAAUGGUAAAAUAGAAAGUCCUGUUUUAGUUGGAAACAGAAUUUUGACUCCAACCAAGUCGAUAGAAUCAAUUCAACACUAUGAUACUAGAGAAAGAUUGACACCACCAGCAAUCCACGAACAUGGAUCAAACAGUCAACAAACGACUUCCGUUAAAGAUUUGAAAUCUAGGUUUGAAAAGAUAAAGAUUGAUAAAGAAAUAGAAUCUGUUCAACAGUUUUCAAAUAAACCAUCACGAGCUAGUCCGAUCAUAACAGAUAACUCACAUCUCUAUGAUGCUCAGGUUAGCAAUAAUACAAUCAUCAAUUCUCUGACUUAUGACUCCAGUUUGAUUACUGCUCAUAUGAAUGGGUUUGAUCUCUCACAUGAUAACAGUAAAAGUAAUGAAAACGAUAUUUCUUUUGCCAACAACAACAUAGCCCCUGCAAAACAACAUUUUGACAGUCAUGAACCAAGGAGGAAAUCUGGUAAGAAGAAAAACGUAACGUUCUGUGAGCAAGUCGUUUUGGUUGCUACUGCUGAUGAAGAUGAAGUAGAUAGUUACAUACCAAACCCAAUUUUAGAAAGAGUUCUUAGGUCUGUUUUACACAAAGACAGUCCACAGGAAAUACGAGAAACUACAAUUCAGUCAGUCAUUCCCUUGAAGAGAACUGAUUCUGGCAAUUAUGGUCAGAAGAAUCAACAAGAAAAUAAUACAGGUCCUGUUGUAAACGGAAUUGACAAACCAAACAUUCCCAGUCCAGGAUUGACUUCAGAAAGUUUUACAUAUCAUAUGAAUUCGUUGCCAACUAUAUCGACUGCAUCAUUGAACGAUAUCAAGCAUCAAUACUUACCAAAUACGAAUGGAGAGCAUAUGAUUCACCAGGAUCAUGCAUCAAACAUUCAACGGCACUUUUCUGGACAGCAACAGCUAAGUGUUAAGGGAGUUCAGCAGUCUCCGGUGAUGUCAAGACCUUUAAUUAAUCAAGUAUUGCCAACGAAGCCUAACAUUAUUACUCAAUCCCAAUCCAACAGCAGUCCAUCGAUGCACAGUGUGACACCUUACAAUAUUCAACAAUCCCACAACCACCAGACACAGAUGUAUCAGCAAAGUCAUCAUCAGCCUCAUGUCCAUCCUCAGCACUCUCAGAGUUAUUCACCACAAACCCCACAAUCUCAGGCUUCAGUACACUAUUCCACUCAAGCUCCUUCUUAUACAAACUCUGCUUCCUAUACUCACCAAUCAAACAUUCAGACUAACCAGUCAGAUUCACCCCAUAUGGAGAACCAUCACUCUUCAGUAUCGGAGUAUCCUGUAGCACAGUCUGCAGCCCCCUCUCCAGUUGCUACAUCAUCUCCAUAUCAGCAGGUUCCCCCACCACAGGGUCAUCUUACAAACUCUCCUUAUCAGAUUGUUUCUCAACCUCAGACUCAUCAGUAUCCGUAUAAACCUGUAAUUUCAAUUGCUCCAACACCAGGAAGUCAAACUCAUGGACUCCCUCAGCAAUCUCCAAUCAUGAAUCGGCCUCUCAGUCAUCAACAGAUUCCUAAUGGGCACAGCCACGAUGGCAGAAAGCUAAGCACAGCUUUGAGUAAUCCAAUGAACAUACAACAUCGCAUCAGUGACAACCUCAAUCACUCUCAAGUAGAAACGAGAUACAUGCAUCCGUCCCAGGGCUUAUACAGUCACCAAACCGGUAAUGGAUCUCUGAGGAGUCCUCACAGUUUAGUUGAUCAGAACUCAAGAUUUGUCAAUAGUCCACCAGUACACCAACACACUACUGUCAGAGCCAGACCUCAAGCCAUGUACCAGCAGGAUCUCCCUCCACCAGAGUACCAACAUCCACCACCACCCAGAAAAGACCCUUCUGGAACCAACGGUUUGCCAGUAAGGUCGGAAAUCUACCAGAGGGUACCAACUUCAUCUGGAAAUCUGAUAGUGGAUCAGAAUCAUCAUACUUCAUCACAAGGAAAUAUGUACAAUUCUCUCAGUUCAGCAAAUCAUAGGCCACUCUCCCCGACUAGUCCACAUGGUCAGAUGCCACCGUCAGUUGGAAUCCAUGUCUAUCAACAUCCACCACACCCUAUGUAUCAACAGAGUGCCUACCACCAGGUACAACCUCAACAGGUGAACCAUCAUUCACAGCAAACCCAACAACCAAACCAUCACCCUCAACAACCCAUUUACAACCAACAACAUCCUCAGUUGACUAGUCACAGUCAACUGACCCAACCGAACCAACCACCCAGCCACCAUCUGAUAACCAACCACUCGCAGACUGGAGGGCACCAAUACAACUCAAACCCCACCCCUACUCCUGUAAGGCAUCCUCCUUAUCAGCCACCUCCGCACCCCAAACAACUGGAAAGUGUUAGUAAGAUCCCGGAAAGGACGGCUCAACCUUCGGGUGUUCCACAUUUGAGGAGCAAUCCUUGCAAUUUAUGUCGCAAGAAACAAGUUCAACAUCCAGCUAUCUAUUGUUCAGACUGUGACUUUUAUAUGUCCAGGUUUAAACCAAAAACCUGAUUUUCUUUUGAAAAUUUAUAUUUUUCAAGUACCUGAAAAUUAUGUUAAAAAUUAUAGGUUUAAGGAAUUAUUUUUAUUGCUGGCAGUAAUUUAAAAGUGAAUAUUUACAAGGUUUUUUAUUUAUAUGCAAAAAAAGAGUUUAAAUUAUUGUAAUUUUUCAAGUAAGGCAAAUUAUUUUAUGAAGUUUUGAUUGGAACAUAAUUUUUUAAUUGCUAUCAUAUAUUUGAAUAUAUUUUUGAAAAUAAUUUAUUUAUUGUCUUUCACUUUAUGAUAUUGAAUAUGCAGUAGGUUUUGUAUGCAAUCAGUAUUACAACAGUUAAUAUGUAACAGUGACUUUUGUUUAUUAAAGAUUGUAAUAACACAGGACCUUGCAAAAAGCUGUGAAGUACUAUCACUAGAACAAGUUUGAAGGCUGUUUUAAUAGAUGUAUGUUGUUAGAGAGAUAUGAUAUGUUAUAAAGUUUGAUGUUUGUUACUUUGAAUGUUGUAUUCUAAUGAUCUCAGACUGUUAUAAAAAGUAUUAAUUCAUCCAUUGCGGGUGAAUGCAAAAUUGUACAUUAUUUGCCCAGUAAUGUUUUGUUUUAAAAACAUUAUUGGUUUUGUAAUAAAAUAAGUUCAAUAGGAAA